AUAAUCUCCAUAUGUUUGCAGUUUUUAAAAACGAAUGUAAUGCCAAUCAAGUAAUGGAAUUUUUAACGAUAUGGAAUCGAAAAAUAUUUGGAUAUUUGCAAUUGUUUAUUCAGCAAUACAGCAUUUUGCUUCAUCUUCAACACCCUUAAAACGUCCUCGAGCCGGAGAUCCAUUUGAUACAUUUCCGAAGAAUUUUUGGCAAGAAUUUUCAUCGCCCUUCACCGACACCCCCGAGGAUGAGGAGCUCGAAGUAACCGAGACAACAACCCACGAACCAUUCCCCUUCUUUGCCGAUCCCUAUACCACCGUGAAUGUGAGCACCCAAUUGGGCGCCAGAGUCUACCUGCAUUGUCGAGUUAAUGACUUACAGGGAAAAACAGUAUCAUGGAUGCGGCGAAAAGGCGACGAACUGGCACUUAUUACAUUCGGCCGCCACACAUACAGCGGAGACUCCCGUUAUUCGCUGGAGUUUGAGGAGCCAAACGAUUGGAAACUUUUAAUCCAAUACGCCAACGAACGUGACGAGGGUCCUUAUGAGUGUCAAGUUUCAUCACAUCCGCCUUUAGUGUUGUUAGUCUAUUUGACUGUAAUUGUUCCUCAUGUGGAAAUACUGGAUGAACGUGGCUCCUCAACACCAGAGAAAUAUUACAAAGCCGGCAGUACCAUUGAACUUCAGUGUGUCAUAUCGAAAAUACCACAGCCAACAUCGUACAUAACAUGGCGGCACAAUACACGUCUGCUAAACUAUGAUACCAGUCGCGGUGGUAUUAGCGUUAAAACCGAUAUGCUACCCGGACGUGCUUUCAGUCGCCUCUAUAUUGCCAAUGCCAAUCGACAUGAUACUGGCAACUAUUCGUGUACCCUUGGUAAUGAUAUCACUGGAACUGUGAUGGUACACGUACUAAAUGGUGAAGAACCAGCUGCCAUGCAGCAUGCAUCAGGGUCGACAAUGUCGCCCAUACUCUCGGUUGUGUUAUUUACAGUAAUUGCAGCAUCAUUGUUUGCAGAAAUGCUAUGUCAACGAUGACGACGAUACUAAAAAAGAGGAGCAAGAAAAAACAACAACACUGGCAUCAUCAUUUCAUCG